GCCCGACCAGCGGAGCCCUGGAGGCCGGCGCGGGAGGCGCUGGCGAACGCAGCACCCGUGCCAGCGAGGGCACUGCAGCAACAGCAGCUUGGGGCGGCGCAAUGAGUGAACGCAGGUGACUUUCAUGUCCACAGACAAGACCACAAGAUGAAGGAAGACUGUCCACCCAGUUCUCACGUGCCCAUCAGUGACAGCAAAUUCAUUCUGAAGUCAGAGCUCUUAAGCCUGCUAAAAACCUACAACUGCUACCACGAGGGCAGAAGCUUCCAGCUGAGACACCGAGAGGAAGAAGGGGCUCUAAUCAUCGAGGGUCUCCUCAACAUCUCCUGGGGACUGAGACGACCCAUCCGGCUCCAGAUACAGGAUGACAAGGAGCGCGUGCAUCUGUCCUCAGCUUCCUGGAUGCCUGGACAGCCCAGCUGCCCCAUAAAGGAGCCUCCUCUUCAGGAUGACAGCAUCACUGCCCAGGAACCAAGCACUCGGCCUGAGCACAGAGCGGAGGGUUCCAGAGAUAGCUCAGAACCCCUGGAAGAAGACGAGACCCCACAGCUGAUGCGGACCAAAAGCGAUGCAGGCUGUGUGAUCCAGAGGAGGCCCAGGUGCCGUGCACCCAGCGAGGCCCAGAGGAUCCGGAGGCACCGGUUCUCCAUCAAUGGGCACUUUUAUAACCAUAAGACAUCCGUGUUUACUCCUGCCUAUGGGUCCGUGACCAAUGUGAGGGUCAACAGCACCAUGACGACCCUGCAUGUGCUCACCCUGCUACUGAACAAAUUUCGAGUAGAAAACGGCCCUAGUGAGUUUGCACUUUACAUCGUUCAUGAGUCUGGGGAACGGACAAAAUUAAAGGACUGUGAGUUCCCACUGAUUGCCAGAAUUCUGCAGGGGCCAUGUGAAAAGAUCGCUAAGAUUUUCCUGAUGGAAGCUGACUUAGGCGAGGAAGUCCCACAUGAUGUCGCUCAGUACAUUAAAUUUGAAAUGCCGGUGCUGGACAGUUUUGUUGAAAAAUUAAAAGAAGAGGAGGAAAGAGAAAUAAUCAAACUGACCAUGAAGUUCCAAGCCCUACGUCUGACAAUGCUGCAGCGACUGGAGCAGCUGGUGGAGGCCAAGUAGCCCAGUCAGUGCCCACCUCCUCUGAAACCCCCAGCAGCAAAUGGACACUAAGUGUUGUGGCCAACACUGACUGAUGACAUUGACCAAAGGCCACUGGAUGAGGAAUGUAGCCCCAUGUGUCUGCCUGUAUAAGUAUUUUGAGACUCUUGCUUCUUGUGCUUGUCCCCAAGGAGAGCACUCACAGGAUAGAGACCCAGACCCAAGGAAACAGGAACCUGCAAGGUGAGGUCUGCUAGUUAGCGAGCAGCUCUGAAAUUAUGACAUGCUCUGAAGUUAUGACACUGCUAGUUGGCAGGACCAGUUCUGUUUGUACCACACUUCUGCUGCUCAUAAAAGAAGUACCAGACUGAGUCCGUAGAGUAUGGGAUCCAUCUGUUUUUCCAGCGUUGUGCACAGAGCUUCUGCAAAACCACAAGUCACUGUCUGCAUCAUACAUAGAAACUCCUUGUCUGUCUUCGGGAGCAAAACUUGCUGGAAAAAGCAGGCAUUCCAGUAUGCAUCCCCUCUUCUCUCUGGACCACUCUUAGCUUCCUCUGUGAAACCUAAGGAAAUCGUGUAAGGAGUCCUUCACAUUCUCUCUCAGAAACCUAUUGAUCUGGUUAAUCAAAGGAAGUGAUCCACUUGGAAUUGCGAGGAUGCCUCUCUAUGUGAAUGAGAAUUCAGGGAUGCUCAGGAGCUGCCUGGUCACAGCUUAGAAAGUUAUUGCUCAGUUGCCUCCAUCACAGUGGCAUCCCGUGGAUACCUCUAUGGGGGUGCCUCAUAUCUCUUAUCUUGCAUCUUAUAUCCUUUUAUUUUUGUUUGGUUUUUAGAGCCACACACAGUGGUGUUUGGGGGGUUACUCCUAGAUCUUCACUCAGAAAUCUCUCCUAGCAGGCUCACGGGACCAUAUGGGAUGUCAGAGAUCAAACCUGGGUCAGCUCUUUCGAGGCAAGGGCCUUAACUGCUUAUCACUCUGGCCCUAGUUUUCUUUUCUUCUCUUUCAAUACUUCCCAUUAAAGAGGCUGUGGUGAAGAGAAAUGACAUUUUAAGGAAAACAAACUUCAAAUUCCCUGAGGUCAGAUACUGAACAAUUUGGAUUUUUCAGCUGAUGGGGCAGUUCCAGGAUGCACACAAAGUUGAGAAACUAUGCAAGUUUACAUUGGUCAUUGGAAGUGUUUGUCCAAUCUAAAGCAAACUGAAGAACAAAUUCUUCUCCCAUCAGAGUCUAUAUUUGGAUCAGUACUUAAAGGGAAGACUCAUGAAGGCAUCCAAAUAUAGAAAGACUCCAUCUCUGCUUCAUGCUGUGGCUCCUGACAGUGCCUUCCAGACCAUGACUUUGGGGCGUCAAUGCCAUGCAAUGUGAACCCACUUUUCAAGGAAAGCGUCACACUAGGAUUUUCCCAGCCUAGAUCUAUGGUCGCAAAGAUAUGCCUAGAGGUACAGUGUCUCUUUGGCAACAUAGUUUCUUAGGUGCUUAAUAAAGUUGUGCUAAAUUGAA